UAGGCCUAAUCUAAAAAAAAAACUAGCCUCUGUACCUAUUCUUGUAGUAGUACUAGUAGUAGUAGUGAGAGUAGUACUAGUAGGAAGGAAUCGUCUGCCAUAAUCCCGCCUUUCUCUGCUCACACAAUCUCAAGUUACAGACUGCCGCUCAGUAGAGCAUCAUUUUGUCCAAACUUUGCCGACAUGGCUCCUCAAUGUCACACAUGCCAACUAGUUAAACCGUGGCGUAAAUACGUUUGGCUUAUUACUAGGCCAAAGUAAGUAGUAGAAAAAUGGAUGAAAGAAAGAAACGAGAAAGAAAGUGCCCCAAACACUUUAACGAUUUUGAUUUGGAAGAUGUUAACAAUGAAGAAAAUGUGUUUGUCAAAAAAAGGAAAGCAUGUCAAAAGAGUAAAGUUGUACUUGGCGUAAGUGUAUCAAGUGCUGAUGUAGCCCGAGUCCAGGCAUUAAGAACAUCAAGACUAGAAAAGUACAAGGAAAUGAUUAGAGAUUUACCUGAGGCUGAUGUCAGGCAACUUUUAUUCCGGUGUCUAGAAAAAAACCAGGGACUAGUGAUUGAUGUUGUGGAUAAAAUUAACCAAAAAUCUGAUGAUGUACAACCAACAAGAGAGGCAGUUACCCAAGUUCCUGAUUGGUGCGUGUGCUCUUACUGUAAAGAAAUGCCGACUGAUUUGGAACGGUUAUGUUGUAACAUGAAACCUGAGCUGUGCUUGUCGAAAGAAGUAACAAUGGAUGCCUAUGUCUUAAAUGAACUGUCCUUGGCCUUUUCUCGAGCAAGGAAAAGAGAUUUUCGACAAAUUGCUGAGUUGGAACCCGAGGAGCAAAACAAAUCUAAUCGUCAUCACAGUUACAUGUUGUUCAUAUACUGGAGGCAUCAGCGAUUAUUAAGAGGAGACAGACGCAUCAUUCCAUCAUGCUGUGUAUGGAGAAUUCGCGAUAAGUUUCCAUCUCCUACCAGAACUUAUCGUGGAUUUGAUGCAAAUGUCCACCUUUGACAGUCGCUGAGAAUGCACAAUUUAGGUUUUUUGUUGCAGCAUAACCGUUUCAAAUCAGUGUGCAUACGCACCAAUCAGGAACUUGGUUAUCUACUUGUCUUGUAUGUUGUUCUGUACAUUAAUUCUCUCAACUUCAAUCACGACCAUAUUGAUAUGCUAAUUACUCAGUUCAACAAUUAAUUUUUUGUUUGCAAGCCUCAUAUACAAUUAAACUUGACUGAGUUGACUUUGACUAACUCAAUUAAUUUCCAAGUUGAUAAUAUUUUACAUUGGAAAUUUUUGUAUUUUUAAUUAUUAAUUUAUAAGUCGAAUUUUGUGUAGGUCAAAUAAUUUUUCAAUGCCAUUUUUUGGAUUGGCAUUAGGCAAGUUCAACUGUAUUUGCAAAACAACCAUUUGCAAUGCUUUAUAAACCCUUGUUGUUGCUAAAUCUGGAACAUCCAAUUAGCUCUUCCAUUGAUGGUGCUGGAACUUUGGCAAUAGUUGUUUUUAAUCUUCUCGGGUCAUCAUGAUCCAACAUAUGCUUAUCCAUUAUGUUGUGUGUAUCUGCAAGUCUUGCUGAUAUUAUAGCAUCUUGCAUCUCGUAAAGAUAUUUGUAUGAUUUGUCGACUGGAGUCUUCAUUGCUGACCAGUUAUUGGUCUUUUUGUUGUAAUGUUUGUGCCAUCUGAUAAAGAGAAUGUGUGUUUGUUACAGCAAGGUGCAAAAGAGACAAUUAAAUAAUCAGUAAAAAUUAAGUUAUAACAUAAUGAGAUUUACUUACUGAGGCCUGCCAUCUUUUGUGUGCUUCUGGGGGCGGUUUUUGUUUGUCUGAAAGUCUAAAGCAGCAAGACGGUUUCUUGCUCGAAAGGCUUGAAAUCUGUAGUGAAAGUAAUUUACCAUUAUUAUAUACAUCUGUAGUUAAAAUCAUUUACCAUAAUUAUACAAUACUUUUGUUUUCAUUGUUCAAAUUUUAAUUAUGGGACAGUAAUAUACUCCAUCACUAAAUUUUUACCUAAAACUUUGGCGUUUCGAAGCAUAAGCAAGAAUCACAUUGUGGUAGCUUUCAAGUAUUCCAGUAUGUCUAAAAAGAUAAAUAUUUAGAUAUCAAAUAUAUAUAUUAAAAAUAUAUGUAAAUAAUUAUAUAAAUAAUAUAUACAGAUUAGAUACAGUGGAUGUUUGUAUGUAUAUUUAUAUACCUUACUAUUAAUAGUAUUAGUCCCAAUUUUAAUUAGUACAAGUUAGUGUGUAUUAUAUAACUGUAUAUCAGUAUUACCUGAAAUUUACAUAUCUCGGUAAAUUCUUUACAAAUGUGGGGUUGUGAAAUAUACGGUCAAGAGCCUUAGCUGCUGGUGAAGCCCUUGUUAGGUACGGUUUUUCUGGGUCUUCUGGUUGGUCAUCACCAUGGAUAAUUUCUGUUCCAUUUUCAUUUUCAAAUGUUACAUGGCCACAAUUGCCAGAAGACCAAACAUGUUCACCCACAACAUGGUGUAGGGCUGAAAACAAUUUUGUCUGUAAAAUCAAAAUUGUUAGGGUUGUAUUUUAAAAUGUAUUUAACGUUUUUUAAUUAUUUUUUUUGAUAUGCAUUCAAAUUUUUAAAAUCUACCCAACAAAAUGUAUACUUUUUAGUAAUUAUUAAUAUUUAUGUGUGUUACAAAUAACAACCAGAUAUUGGCAUGACAUAUGAUUGUUGUUUUGUGGUGGUGUUUGAAAUAAAGAAUGAACUUGAAUACAAACCUCUAAUCGGUUCAAAUCACCCUUUGCCAUUUGACAUGAAUGCCAAAAAUGAUUUGCAAGCGGCUGUAUCCAAGCCAAUA